CACUGCUGCUGCCGCAGCCUCGGUGCCCCAGCACCUGCUGCCCUCGCUCGGCCCCGGGCACCGCUGCCAUGCGGCUGGCGCUGCUCUGGGCACUGGGGCUCCUGGGUGCCGGGAGUCCCAUGCCCUCGAGGACCCUUUUGGACACAGGUCAAAUGGGAGAGCAACUCCCACUGCCAGAGGAGCUACCUAGAAGGUACCCAGAGCCCCAGAUUCUUCGGGGCAACCUCACCCUCAACUUCUCAGAAACACUCCAGGACAGUCUCCCCCAGAAAUUACUGAUCAAACUAGAACUGGAUGGUAAGAGCCGCAUCUUAGAGCUGCAACAGAAUGGGGAGCUGGUCCCAGACACCCCAACCCUUGUGUGGUACCAGUCUGAUGGCUCUCAGGUGGUAAAUGAGGGAGAUACUCUGGAGAAUUGCUGCUACCAAGGGACAGUACAGGACCACCCAGACUCCUGGGCCUCUGUUUGCAUUUGCUCUGGACUCAGAGGACUGGUUGUUCUAUCCCCAGAGAAAGUAUAUACCUUAGAUCCAGGACCAUGGGGAGUUACCCAUAUCUCCAAGAUAGAAGACGUUCACCUAAAAGGAGGCACUUGUGCCCUGAAGCCAGGACCUCAUGUGCUCACCCAGGCACAGUCAGAGCUCAAGCUGGACCUGCAUCAUCUAUAUCGGAGUAAACGGGAUGUGGUGUCAGAGACAAAGUUUGUGGAGCUGGUGAUUGUGGCUGACCACGAGGAGGUCCAGAGAUAUCCAGACCUCCAUCAGCUGCAGACCCGAAUGCUAGAAGUGGCUAACCAGGUGGAUGCGUUCUUUAGGCCCCUGAAUGUCCGGGUGGCACUGGUGGGUGUGGAAGUCUGGACCCAGAAGGACAUGAUCACCAUGGACAGAGAUGCAGGCAUCACUCUGGACCGCUUCCUCCGCUGGCGUCAGGCAGAGCUGCUCCCUCGACUGCCGCAUGACAGUGCCCAGCUGGUCACGACCACCCUAUUUCUGAACUCUUCAGUGGGCAUGGCAGUACAGAGCUCCAUCUGCUCCCCAAGCCUCUCAGGGGGGGUGAAUGUGGUAAGUUUUCCUGGACCUCUUUCUGACCCUUCUCCCUCCCCCCCCCAACAGCAAUUCAAUUCAGUCUGA